CCUGUGAUUAAUUCCAGGCAAAACAAAACAAAAAACCAGAAAACAAUGAAUAGCUUUGUAAAAUGUAAACAUCAGCCGGCUUUGACAUGUCUGCUUUCUAUUUUGAUCGGCAUACAGACAGCAGAAUCUUUAUUUCCUCUGUGACUUGUAAGAGAAGAAGAAGCCAGCCAGAGAUGUGAAUAUGUUUCAACUCACUUUGUGCUAGGAUUUCAGGUUCUACGUUUCAAAAUUGUCCAGGAAACAAUGUCAGGCAAUUUCCCAGGAGAAAUCAUGCAAGAAAUUCUUCUUAAACUGCCUAUUAAAUCUAUAGUACGAUUCACUUCUGUGUGCAAGUCUUGGAACUCUCUCAUCAGAAAUCCUUCCUUCAUUUCCACUCAUCUAAAUCAAACCAUUUCUUCAACCAAACAUUCUUUGUUUCUCCUUAGAUUCUCUUACAAAGAAGAGCAUUUCUCCCUCCAUUUCGAUGACGACGAAUUUAAGGAGUUCAUGCAACUGGAUAAUUACCCUUUAAAAGGCAUAGACAAAUACUUCAGCUUGAUCGGUUCCUGCAAUGGUUUAACUUGCCUUGCAGAUUGUUUAUAUCCUCAAAGCAACGCUUUCAUUCUCUGGAAUCCUUCCAUUAGCAAGUUCAAAACUCUCCCCAAGCCAAACGUCUCCUUCGAAACCCACGGCGAGUACAACGCCAACAUUGGAUUCGGGUUUGAUUCCUGUGCAAAUGACUACAAAGUGUUGAGAAUUGUGGAACUCGCCAAUGAUGAUGAGCCAGUGAUUGAACUAUACUCUCUUGCUGCAGAUUAUUGGAAGAUUCUUAACACAGAAGUAUUGAAAUAUGGUAUUGUUACUUCUUGCUCACAAGCAUUCGUUAAUGGAGUUGUCCACUUCAUCGCCUAUCACAGGAAUAAACAUGGUAGAACCUGCAAGUUUUGGGUUCUGGGUUUUGAUAUAAGCAGAGAGGUUUUCCGGGAAAUCAUUUUGCCCGAAAGUUUUGCAGAGGAGAUUAGGUCUGUGCUUGUGUUUAAGGAGUCAACAAUUGCUUUAUUCACAACAAGCUAUUAUUAUCCUGUGAAGUUCCAUCUGUGGGUGAUGAGGAAGUAUGGCGUUGCAGGGUCAUGGAUUAAGCUGCUGAGUCUUGGGAAUCAAUUGAAAGCAAUACCGAGAGCAUUUGGAUUCAGGAAAAGUGGAGAAUUAGUUCUACAAUUCCAUGGAGGAGAGCUUGCUUCAUAUGAUGGAGAGAGCCAGCAGAUGAAGUCUCUUAGGAUUCAUCAGAAACCAGGCAAUUAUUUUUUUUAUAGUUAUGUGCAAAGUCUUGUGCUGUUUGACAAAGCAAAUUAUGAGCAAUGAAAUUUCUGAGUAGGAAGCAGGGGUUUUGGGUUCUUCGGCAGAGACGGAUUUGACCGUCCGGCGGGUAGACUUAGACAGGCGCCCCCCUCUUUUUUAUAUAUAUAUAUA